AUGAGACAAAAGCUAAAGGAGAUUACCAUCAAAAGUCGCGUACCGGUUAGAAGACAAGGAUGUACCUCUUACAUAAUCACUGUGAUCGAUAUUUCGGCAGCCAGUGGCAAAGUGCCAACUUUUUAUCACAAUGACCUUCGAGUUACACAACUGGAACCAGAGAAACGCAAGCCACUCCCGAAGAAGGAAUUGGGUUUCGGCAACAUCUUCUCCCAACAUAUGUUUGAGGUUGAUUGGAGCUCAGAAGGCGAGGUUAUCUAUCAGUUUCAGGUUCUCCACUACGCUACUGAGUUGUUUGAGGGAAUGAAGGCAUAUCGUGGUGACGACGACCGUAUUCGACUAUUCCGCCCACAGCUUAAUAUGGAGCGAAUGCGCCGAACGGCCAGACGAGCUGCUCUACCGGAUUUUGAUGGCGACGAGCUACUGAAAUGCAUACUAGAAUUGGUUCGUGUUGAUCAAGCGUGGGUACCGAAAGAAAAAGGAGCGGCGCUGUAUGUACGCCCAACCUUGAUUGGAACUGAGCCAGGUUUGGGCGUACUCCUCUCGAAUAAGGCUAAACUGUUCGUGAUCACAAGUCCAGUGGGGGCCUACUUCAAGCACGGUUUCAAACCGAUCAAAUUACUUGCCGAUGCGAAAUUCGUCCGAGCAGCAAAAGGUGGGGUUGGUGCUUUCAAGAUGGGCUCUAACUAUGCUCCUACAUUGGGUGUGGCUGCAGCAGAAGCAGAAACGAAUGCAGCAAGCUGGUCAUCACAAGGUCUAUGGCUGUCAGAGAAGAACAGCUAUGUGACAGAAGCUGGUGCCAUGAAUGUAUUCCUGCACUGGAAGAACGAACAAGGCGAAGACGAACUGAUCACACCUUCACUAGAGAGUGGCCUCAUCUUGCCCGGAGUCACACGCCACUCCAUAUUGGAAUUGGCACGAGAAAUGGGUAAAGUCAAGGUGACCGAGCGUGACUUCACAAUGGAGGAAUUCCGGAAAGCAGCCAAGGAAAACAGGAUCUAUGAAUUCUUCGGAUCUGGCACUGCUGUAGUCGUAUCUCCAGUUGACAAGAUUUUGUACAAGAUCGAUGGUCGUGCAG